CUAUCCGGGGUAGCAGAAGAAGGUAGCUUUAACAUCCGGUGGAAUCACUCGGUAUGUCAAACAGCGCCUUGUCAUACAGUUAGCUAGCUCGCUGGUCAAUGUGGCAGGCAGCUUCUUGGUAAUAAUUGGUAGUCAGCUAGCUAGCAAGCUAACUGCUAUGGUUUGCUGAACACGUGAGACUGCAGAGAAGAGUGGUGAAACACGUCCAUCGAAGCCGAGGUUUUUCUGCCAUCCCAGGCCACAUUCCUGACACAGUUAAGAGUUUUCCUUGUAAGAUUAGGUGUUGUUACUUAGUCACGGAAAAUGGCGGAUGUUGAAACAAAUGCUCCGGAGAAGAGCCUGGAUGAUUUCUUUGCUAAGCGCGAUAAAAAGAAGAAGAAAGAAAAGGGCAAAGGGAAGGAGCCUGCAGCUGGGCCAGCACCGGUGGUUUUGAAAAAGAUCAAAAAGGAAAAAGAGAAGUCUACGAAAAACGAAAAUCAGGAGGACCAGAUAGAGAAGGAGGAUGCGGAAUGGAAGGAGUUUGAGCAGAAGGAGGUGGACUACACUGGCCUCAGGCUGCAGGCCCUACUGGUCGGUGAAGAGAGAGAGGAUGAAGAUUAUGAUAAAGAGGAGGUGGGUGAGGAUGGAGAGAUCAUCCUAGUGAGCGGAGACAAAAUGUCUGGACCUUGGAACAAGUCUGGGGCUCCCGUCGCUUCAGCUGCUCCUGUUGAGGAAGAGCCCGAGGUGCCCGAGUCGAAACCGACAGGCGUGUACCGGCCCCCAGGAGCCCGCCUCACCAGCACCAAGAGAGGGCCCACCGCGGGGCCCCCGGAGAUCUUCAAUGACACCCAGUUCCCUUCACUGCAGUCCUCUGCCAAACAUGUGGAGACUCGCAAGGACCGAGAGAUGGAGAAGACUUUCGAGGUGGUGAAGCACAGGAACCGUGCACGGGAGGAAGGGGGUCCGACCUCCAACCAGCAGCUGCAGCUAGACAACCAGUACGCCGUCCUGGGGGACAAGUAACCCCCACACAGCCUGCCCCCACCCCCUUCCCGCCCAACCUCAAGUGGUCCUGGCCGACCCCGAAGGGGAAAGCACUAAUACUGCUGUGUGUGUGUGUGUGUGCGUGUGUGUGUCUGCGUGCGUGUGUGUGUCUCGCUGCCCCCUGGAGUCACAUAGGUGCCACCAUCACCAACCAGACCUGACUGUCUUUCCAUCUUGUACACACACACACACACACACACACACACACACACACAGACGCACGCAGUACUGUCAUCUACAUGUAAACUAUAUGUGCAUUCAUAGGUCGUAACACAUCAGCCACACACACACACACUCAGACAUGCAUACAUCAAUGGACCCAUACACUCCCAUACAAACCAACACAUGGUCGGCAAAAGCCCGGUCAUUAUCGACAACAUUGACAAGGGCUGUGACGACAGGGAUUGACUGAAACUUUCCAAGGAAAAAGAAAAAG